UUAGGAUGCAAUAAAAGCUCAAAAUAAAAAUAUUCUCAGUAUUUUUGACAAGGUAGCAGGAUCUAAAACAAAAUGUAAUCACUCCAAAUUGACCUUGCACAAGUUUUUAAAGUACUGGUGGUCCAAUGUAAGAUGCAGUUUGUCAGAAAAUACAAAACCAAAAUCUUGUCAUAAUAACCCAUAAAUCGUUUUCCCCUCUUUGAGUUCUUGGAAUUGCACAACACUCCUUUGACAAAUAACGACCCCAGUCCCCCAGGAACACAUCAUACACACUGCAUGAUUUAAGGGCGAAUAAGCUCAAGCAAACAUUUAUUGCACAACAUUAAUAAUUUAACAAGAGCCAAGCCUAUUUGAUGAGCAGUGUCUCUGGUAGAUGAGUCAAUAAAAGUUAGUGGAGAACUCAGAGACCGGUUUUCUUGGUAGUGAAGAAUGACAGAUUUUGUUCUGUGUUGAGCAACAAGGAUAAAGGCCCACAUUUCCACCAGGACAAGAGAAAACAACAAAAAAUCUGCAGCAGCGUCAGUUUUCACUGUUCUCACUUGAGAUGGUAUCAGGUGUACUUUGAACAUACUUCUGUUUGGUUAAAGCCAGCCUUGCGCAGAAUGGGUGGGGUAAUGUGUUUGAACAGACAAGGUGAAAUCUCCUGUUGUGAUACAUGCUCAGGCAGAGCACAGGCUUGAAUGGAAUCUUUUACCUCUACCACUGGAGAGACCGUGCACCAAAGGAUUACCCACUCUUUGGAAAUAACCGAUUUGAUUCUUAAUCAAAACCACAAUGGAGGCAACCAGCGAUACCACAAAAAUCCUGGAGAAGGGUCCUGAAUACCUUCGAAAGCAGAUGGAGCUGGAAAGUGAGACAAAAGCAGGCAUGAGUGCUGUGGCAAGGCUUGCUGCAAGCAAACCAAAAUAUGUCAAAAGCCAACAGGUGGUCAACUCAACCCAAGAGCCUGUGAUCAGUCUUGGUUCAGCCUCUGUGAGUAGCACUGGGUCUUCUAUCAAGAGCUUGAACCGUGGUGAGAAUCUUGUCACAGGGAGUGACUCAACAGAACCUACAUGCGGUGUGCAAAGCUGCUCACCGGGGCAGGUACGUCGGUCCAGCUCCAAAAAACGCCCAGACUCCCUCAUGCUUUACAGGCAGAAAUGUGAGCUACUGAGAGGAUCAGCAAAUGACCGGAAACACCCUGUAACACGAAAGCUGCUGCUCAGCUCCGUGCACAAAAAUGCUCCGUUACCUGAGGUGGAAGCAGCGGGCAACAAGGAAAAAAUCACCACACCUGAAGGGAGGGCAAAGGAAUGCAGCUCGCAUGUGGUUACCUCUCAGUCAGAAAGGAGGAGAAAUGGAGUGACGGAACAACACAGCACAGGAAACAGUGCUUCUAGACCAAAGGUGACAGCUGGUGUUCCGAAUAAAUCUGCUGGUCUCCUGACAGUUCCUGAGUUUGAACGGAGGUCUGGCAAAGGAGUCAGUCGUUCUCACUCUGACAUCAGUUCCAGGUACUCCAAAAACUUUGCAGACUUUGAUGCUUUUUUCAAGUACUGUGGGCUGGAUGGUGAGGUUAUCGAGUCUUUGGGGAAGGAGAACUUCUCAGCGCGCUCUGAUGAAAUUGCAAUAAAAAUUCGGAGCAUCAGCGUGUCUACAUCAGACAGUGGCUUCACCAGGAACAGCGGGGACAGUGUUGGACUACUGGAGGAUGAGUUACAGGAAAACAUACGACAAGGGACAUCAGUUAUUGAGCGCAAUGCAAGGAUUAUCAAAUGGCUGUACAGCUGCAAAAAUGCUAAAGAGACUGGAAAAAGGCUAAGAGACCUUGACUGAGAGUGUGACAAAGGCUGCUGUAUAGAUGAUGCUAUUUUUUAUAUCAAAAUUCUGCAUGUGUGUGUUCUGUGUGCAAAAAUAGAAACCACUGGCUGAAAAUAUGGAAAUACUGACAUCAACUCAAAAGCUAAUUCCAAACACUGUAAGUUCAAUUAAUAGUUCCUUAUUUUUUUAUUAUUAUUUUAAUACUUUUGCUUCAAUAACUCAGUGCCAUUUUCUAAUCUUUAGUCUCCAACUUAUAAGCAGGUCAUGCUAUAAGUUGUAACUAAUGGAUUUAUUAAUGAUUGAUAAAUCUUUGACUCAUAAGCUAAAGAUCAGUUCAAUGUUGCUAACAUGAAUGAAUUUUGGGUUGCUGUGAAAAGCUCCUUUGGCUGGUGUUUUUUUUCUCUCUGUUUGGUAAUAAUGCAGUCAAAAAUGUUUUAAUCCAUUAAUAAUAACUUGUUGAUAAAUUGUACUCCACUUCAAGGCAAGUAGUCAUUCCUCAAAUAGUAACAGAAUAAUAGUAUAAAUAAUAGUAUAUUAUGAUUAGAAAGUGGUACCAGUGAUUAGCAUGCAUGUUAUGGCAUUAACCAUUUCAUACGUGUGUUCAUAAAUAAUGUUCCUCAGCACAGCCUUUAGACCACCACAAGCAUGAAAGUGCCCUAAAUUCAUAAUUUAUGAUCUAAUGAAUGUUUUAAUUUCUUUCUCUCACUAUCUCAGUCACACACACACACACACACACACACACACGCACACCAAAAAUACCUAACAAUCCGAUAGGCUUAAGUCCAGUGACCCGUUAUAACUAUAUUUCUCUCCUAAAUCUGUCUCAUUCGUCUGUUCACCACUUUCUCUCACUUUCUGUCUUUUAGCCAACUUUCUGUGCUGAUCAAAGCUCAGAGGCUGUAAGACGGGUGGGAAAAAAGCAAAGGACGGACUGUUGUUGACUCAUUGUGUUAAACAAACAGAAUUACCACCCACUUUGUUUUUCUCUCUCUCACACACACAUUGAGAAACAACCAAUAUUUAUGUACAGCAUAUCUGAGUUGAUACACAUCCUUUAGCUGCAGAUGUUGUUGACAGACCUAUCACUUCUCCAGAGGCUUGGUUAACUACUUCACAUCAAGGCAAGUCAUGUCUUGUCCUCUCCACGUGUCUGUUGCCACAACUUAAAGUUAAUCUUAACGUUCAGCAGAUGAUUCAGUUUGGAAAAAGGGGGUCACUUACUACUGAUUAAUGAUUGAAAAUGUAUGCUGUUUGCUUUGCUGUAGGCUUGUUCACUGUCUUCUUUUAUUGUAAAAGUGUAACUGAGUUCUCAAACAAUUUUAGAAUGCAGGCUGAAACACCACUGCAAAGUCACUCCCAAACCAGCUUUAGUCUGUAUUUGCUGCUGCUUGUGUAACAGUGUUUUCUGUUGAAGUACUGUAAUGUUUGUAAAGCUGAUAAACAGAUAAAGUUCUUCAUUAUU